CCCGAGCUUCAGCCUUCUCGAUACACCUCUUUCACAUCUCCGCUUAAGUUUGCCAUCAGAAAGUAGUAAAUAAAAAUAAUGUCAGGUUUUGACGGCGUUGAAAAUCAAAUCAACGGUCCAGAUUUAGCAGCUGGUCUCCCUCAAGAUUCUCGUGAGCCUCGCUCAUUAUUACCAAUCACACUCAAGUUCGUUGAUGUAUAUUACCGAGUGAAACUCCAUGGCGACUCAAGUAAGAUCAAGAAGUUCUUGGGACUAGAACACAAACCGUCCGACGAGACUAGAACGACAGAGAGGACGAUACUUAGCGGAGUCACCGGAAUGGUGUCACCCGGAGAGUUUAUGGCCGUUCUUGGACCAUCGGGAAGCGGUAAAUCUACGUUGCUUAACGCGGUCGCAGGGAGACUCCAUGGAACAGGCCUCACCGGAAAAAUACUCGUGAACGACGCGAAACCAACCAAACACACGUUAAAACGUACCGGAUUCGUGGCCCAGGACGAUCUACUCUACCCUCACUUAACCGUACGUGAAACCCUAAUUUUCGUGGCCUUGCUCCGUCUCCCUCGGAGUCUAACCAGAGACGAUAAAAUAAAAGCCGCUGACUCGGUGAUAUCGGAGCUAGGGCUUGAGAAAUGUGAGAACACGGUCGUUGGGAACGCUUUCAUUAGAGGGGUCUCAGGUGGUGAGAGGAAACGUGUGAGCAUCGCUCACGAACUUCUCAUCAACCCAAGCCUUUUGGUUCUCGACGAGCCGACGUCAGGGCUUGACGCGACGGCGGCUCUUCGGCUGGUACAGACGCUAGCCGGGAUGGCUCAUGGGAAAGGGAAGACGGUGGUGACGUCGAUUCACCAGCCGUCGAGCCGUGUGUUUCAAAUGUUUGAUACGGUGCUUCUUCUGAGUGAAGGGAGGUGUUUGUUCUUCGGUAAAGGAAGUGACGCCAUGGCUUACUUCGACUCCGUCGGAUUCUCGCCGGCGUUUCCGAUGAAUCCGGCUGACUUCCUUCUUGAUCUUGCUAACGGUGUUUGUCAGAUUGACGGUGUAACGGAACGGGAAAAACCAAACGUGAAACAAACGUUGGCAGUUGCCUACGAUACAUUGCUAGCCCCAAACGUUAAAACCUACAUGGACGCGACGCCCUCUCGAGAGAACGUGCGUUAUGUGAAAACGGAGACAAACGUUCGUGGAAUAAUGACUGGCUUUACAACAUGGUUCAGCCAACUUUGCAUUCUCCUCCACAGAUUUAUAAAAGAACGACGCCAUGAAUCCUUCGACGCACUUCGCGUUUUCCAAGUCGUCGCGGCUUCACUACUGGCGGGUCUCAUGUGGUGGCAUUCCGAUUUUCGAGACGUACAUGACCGAUUAGGACUACUCUUCUUCAUUUCAAUUUUCUGGGGGGUACUUCCGUCAUUUAACGCGGUUUUCACGUUUCCACAAGAACGAGCGAUUUUCACUCGAGAACGUGCGUCCGGUAUGUACACACUCUCAUCCUACUUCAUGGCUCAUGUUAUCGGAUCCCUCUCCAUGGAACUCGUUCUCCCGGCAGCGUUCUUGACACUUACUUACUGGAUGGUCGGUCUACGUCCAGGGCUAGUCCCUUUCCUCCUCACCCUCUCCGUGCUAUUGCUAUACGUUUUAGCUUCCCAAGGACUCGGACUUGCCUUGGGCGCAGCCAUAAUGGAUGCUAAAAAAGCGUCCACGAUCGUGACGGUGACGAUGUUAGCGUUUGUUUUAACCGGCGGUUUCUACGUGAACAAAGUGCCGUCCGGAAUGGUGUGGAUGAAAUAUGUUUCCACGACGUUUUAUUGUUACCGUCUAAUGAUCGCGAUCCAGUAUGGAAAUGGUGAGGAGAUAUUGGGGAUGUAUGGAUGUGAGCUAAAGGGGACGCAAGGAGCGGCUAGGACUGAUGGCUGCCGAUUUAUGGCGGAGGAAGUGGUCGGAGAUAUUGAACUAUGGACUAGCGUUACCGUUUUGUUUUUCAUGUUUGUUGGUUAUAGAAUGUUAGCGUACUUGGCUUUAAGGCGUAUUAAACUUUAAAAUAAGCUGAGAGGGAAAAAGUUAAAUAAACAAAUAACCAGGGGGUUUAGUUUGUUGGAUUUUCCAGUUUUUUUUUUGUUUUUAAAAUGUGAAACUAAAGUGACAAAAAGUCUUUUAGUUGAUUUAUAAUGAAAUGUAUAUUUCCAUCAA